AUGCAACCUUGGACAAAAUGGAAUGCAUACAACUCUGGUGAACGUGUGUUUGUUGGUCAUUCGCGAACUGAGCCUGUCGCCUCUGAAGGUGUCUCCUCCUCCUCCUCCUCCUCCUCUCUUGGCAGGUUGAGUCCGGCCAAACCAGCUUCAGACUGUCUGGCCAUAAUCAGGCCUUUGAGGGGAGCAGAGUGUCCGGUGUUAGUGAAAGCGGAGUCUACAAGUCGAGAGGCCAUCUUCAAGCGCAGCUUUUCACCUGUCUGGAAACACACAGACAGCACACUUACCCGAUGGCCUUUUCACUCGGUGAAUCGGCAAAUACCUCGUCACACUCGAGUCGCCUCGGCAACACGACAUAAAGGAGUAUUUUGCCAAGUUCAACAGCCUGUUGGCUUGAAGUGCCCCUUUUUAGUCGUCUUGACUACUCCAGACGUCGUCAUGCCUGUGCUUGUCUUAAAGUGGACACCAUCCUGUUGCCGGGCGUUGGGGGGACAACUAACUCUCGAAAGACUCCUGAAGCGUGUGCCGAUCCUCGCUCGUUUGUACAUUCAUUCUCUCGUCUCGGUAACCGAGUGA